AUGGCUCUGCUGCCUCGAUUUUGGGUUCGUCAGUUGUUAAAACUAGGCAUUUCCAUCUUUGUGUUGUCGCUUCUCAUAGUUUUUGUUGAUUUCUAUUUUAAUUUUCUUCCCACGUCAUUUCAGACGAGAUUACCUCUCCAUCAAUCGACGGCAGUGAUAGUCGAUUUAAAGGUUCAAUCCUGUCUGACAGUUUCGGGGUGUGCAGAACCUAAUGGCUGGUACAAAAUCCCCAAAAAUCUUUACUUAAAUACAAAGUGGGUGAGGAAGGGAUUUGUAUAUGUUAAGAGAGUUGAGGAAACUGAGCUACAAGACGACCACAAAGUUGUUCUCGACCUUGCUCUCGCACAUUCCACGGAAGCCAAUGGCCAUGGCAUUCCCUUAUACAUCGUAAAAGACAUCCUUGGACAAGCAACUUCUGAGAAAGAAGAGACCGAAGCUAGUCGUGAUGCUAUACGUGCUAUUGAUGACGAUGAGGCUGCUAAACAUGGUUGGACUCUAAGGGAUGAGGAUAGCGGUCUAUGGGUAAAGCAAGGUAAAUACCACCGAUCAGAAUCAGUCACCGGUGUAGAUGUCUUAUUUGGAAAGGAUAGCGUGGAUCCUAGGCCGAACUGGUCGUUGAAACCUGGCUUCCUUUUCAGAGAUUCUGGAAAGGAGGCAUUUGCGUCACUCACUAUUAGAAGAGGCGUGGAGAACAAACCUUCGAAGCCAGUUUUACGCGUUAACCCAAGUGGUAAAUUUAAGAUUCUUCAGGUAGCAGAUUUACAUUUCUCCACUGGGGAGGGUAUAUGCCGUGAUACAUUUCCCUCUGAUUCAGCAGGAAACUGUUUGGCAGAUCCGCGUACGUUGGACUUUAUUAAGCUGGUAUUGGAUCAGGAGACUCCAGAUUUUGUUGUUAUGACCGGUGACCAAAUAUUUGGUGAUACAGCACCCGAUGCUGAGAGUGCGCUUCUAAAGGCGGUUGCUCCUUUCAUUGAACGGGAAAUCCCCUAUGCUAUGGUCUUUGGUAAUCAUGAUGCACAGGGGUCGCUUAGUAAAGAGGACUUGAUGUCGAUUAUUGCAACUCUUCCCUUCUCUCUUUCAGAGGCUGGCCCUGAGGAUGUCGAUGGGAUCGGAAACUAUGUCUUGCAGGCCCUCUCUCCCAAAAACGACCACCCUGCGAUCUCUUUUUAUUUUCUCGACUCCCAUAGUCACGUUGCCCUUCCCAAAGGCGGUUCAACCUAUGAUCAUAUUAAAUCUAACCAAUUGAAGUUCAUUGAAAAUACAAGUACAAAGAUAAAAGAAUUACAGAAGGACUAUACACAUAUUCCUUUGUCUAUGGCAUUUUUCCAUAUUCCAAUACCAGAGUAUCGUAAGACUAACGUUAAUCCGGUGGUAGGUAGUCAUCGUGAGCCUGUUAUGGGGCCUACGAACGAUGAAGGCACUAGAGAUGUUUUGGCCAAGGUGGGUGUUAGUGUUGUUUCUGUAGGUCAUGAUCACGUUAAUGACUAUUGUAUGUUUGAUAAGCCGGACCGCGAAGGUGAGACAGGUAUUUGGCUAUGUUACGGCGGUGCAGUUGGCGAAGGCGGUUAUGCCGGCUAUGGUGGAUAUGUUCGUCGUCUCCGACUAUUUGAAAUCGAUACUCAAUCUGCCUCUAUUAAAAGUUGGAAGUUGACACGCGAGCAACCAGAACUUAAACUGGAUGAACAGACUUUGGUCUCUAAUGGGCAUGUAUCAAAUGAAUAG